ACAAGCACAUGACUAGAAACAGGCCUUAAGUAUUCAUACUCCGGAAAACAUGCAGGAAAGACGCGCUCCGAACCUGAGAGAUCAACAAAAAUGGAGAAUGAAUACACCCCCGUGUACACACAUCAAUCGCUGGGAACUGGGCGGGUUUUGGUGGGGCUCGUCUUCUCCCUCCUUGGCUUCUUCUUCUUCUUCGGGUCUUUCGUUAUUCCGCAGUGGAAUAGUUUUGAAUGGGAGGAUUUUGUUCCGAAUGGUCUCGGACCGAUUCAGAUAGCUAGGAUUGGCUUAUGGCAAAACUGCAAGAUGUAUGGUGAUUAUGAUUGUGUUUGGAAUACAGGUAUACCCGGGAUAGUGGCACCACAGGUCUCACACUGCCUCGCGUUCAUUCUGUUUGUUGCGUACUGGGUCUGCGUGGUCCGAUGGUGGCGACAAAAUAAAAUUCCAAUCCGCCUUCUGGAAUCCGCAGUCUGUGCCUUUGCUAUUGGUAUUUGCCUGAUGAGCAGCUUCUUGGCAUGGGUUACCUUGCUUGGAACGACCUUCCAGCGCCACUUGUCCACGGGCUUCAUAUUCACUAUCUUCUCCUUUGUCCUGAUGGAGCUGACAUUUGUUAUACUUUUUAUGGAGAGUAAAGAAGAGGCCCGGAAGCGGAAGCCUCCGGCAGAGGAAGAUGCGGAGGAAUCAAAUUGCAUGGGAAAUGAAUCGUGAUAAGGAUCUUGUGUAAAUUAUCAUCCUUUCGCAACAGGGUUCAGGAGAGGCAUAGUGACACAACCAUUUGUUCGUGUGCAAGGACUCAUACCAAAAGUGAAACCAUGUACCGGUUAAUGACCUUGAUUACUGUUGCUUUUCAAGGUUACUGUAAAAGAUCAAGGUCACCGGAAGGGACCCCAAAAUUUCUUGUACUAGUAUAUAAAAUUCUGUUAGAUUUACAGACGGGUAAAUCGUAUAUACAUGUAUAAGAUAUAAAAGUGGUAAAGAGUAUAUUUAAGAUUUUCAUCCAGAUUAUGUUAGACUUGCAGAGUGGUACACUGUAUCAAGACCUUUUAAGUCAGUGGAGAUGGGUCUCUAAAAUUUGUUAUGAACAACAUUAAAUUUCUUAUCCAAAUUU